UUCGUGACUGACCGACUUGACCAUCGAGUGCGAAAAGUCUCGAAAAGCAACAACUUUGUGUCUUAUUUCGCGGGAUCUGGAAUUCAAGGUUUCCGAGACGGGGCGGCUGGUGACGCUAGAUUCUCGGAGCCUUUGGGGAUUAUUCAUUUCAGAAACAAACUUUACGUGGCAGAUUCGAACAACCAUGCAAUCAGAAGCAUUGAUCCCAUCUCAGGGGAAGUUGCUACUGUUGCUGGAAAUCAACAAAGAGGGAACUUGGAUGGAGCGGCUUCUCAAAGUCAGUUAGACACCCCCACGUCACUACUGAAUCGCCCGGAAGGAGUUGUCUUCGACUCGCACGGGCACUUGUACGUGGCUGACACGGGCAACCACGUCAUCAAGAUGCUGGAUUUCUCUUCUGGGAAAGUCUUGCGGACCAUCGGGACUGAGGUUUCCAGCACGAGCAACAGAGGGAGUCGCUUCGGCGUCUUCAACGGCCCGUCAGGCCUCUCGUUGCGGGGAGACGGCGGACUGUACGGGAACAUCUUCAUCGCCGACAGGGGCUCGCACUGCAUCUACAUGCUCGAGGCGAAGAGCUCGAAGCUGCUUCUCAUCGCCGGCAACGGACAUGCAGGACGUCGCGACGGGGAGAGGGCGCAGUUCUACCAGCCUUACGAUCUUGCUCUCUCUGCAGAAGGGAAAGUGCUGGCGGUG